GAGUUUUAUUUCCCAACCAGAAAUUUAUCAGGAAAAGUAUUCUGAAGAACCAUAUUGCAUUAGGUUUAAGGUUGUUAAUUUUCAAAGCUCCUGGGAAUACAAUUCUGUCAUUUUCUAUUUAUUUGGGAGCAGUAGCAGAUGGAAGAAAACAUGCUUCGUGUCACUGUAAGAUUUUUUUUAAACAGAAACUGGCAGAGUAAGAAUAGUGAUAAACUCUGGAAAUACUAGCAUCAGAAAAGGCUAGGGUUACCAAAGAUACUGUAGAAAUCUUUGUCUGUGAAAAUAAGUUGAGAAAACAAGUGUAUAUGUCAAGUUUUACAUUUUAAACCUGCAUUGAAGCUAUUUCAGAACGUUUAGUACUCAUCAUUAAACCUAUUGUUUUUGAUAUUGUAAAUCAUUGAGAAUCACCUCAUAGUGACAUUUUCCAUGCAUAAAGAUACUUGCCAAACAAGAAGACAAAAUGGACUCAAAAGAAAUGCAGAAAUACUGGGGAAUCGGGAAGCUUAGGAAAUUUUCUAAGUUCUAUGCAUGUUUCUAUUAAGAAAAGGAACAUCUCUACUUGAUAAACCAACUCAUCCUUUAUGAUCUAUAGGAGAGGCGCUGCUUAAAGAGUUUCCAUCUAGGACCCCCUUUAUAUAUACCAUUUUUGGCAUGUAACUUUAUGCGGGAGCAAUGGUGGAGGCAUCACCAACCACAGCUGUAGAGGCUACUGAUCAUCCAAUUAGAAGUCCUGUCAAAAGAUACAGUGAUGAUUACAUCCUAGUUUGUAAAAAAGAAGGAAAAGUUGUGUCUGCCUCUGAACAAGAACAGAUUCUGCCAGUUUCCCAGGAUAUGAACAUGAAGAGUGAGGCCCCAUGUCACACUUCUUUAGCUUUCACUGAUCCACUGCUGGGAUCUAUGUCUGCAUCUUCAAGUAAUCUCAGUUCUAGUCCUGAUGAUAGCAGCAGCAGCAACAGCAAGGAUUCUGAUUUUACAAUUGUUAGUCCUCUUGAAAUGUAACAAAGUUAUUCAAGAAGGUAGCAACUCCUGUGCCUCAAGAUUUGGUCUGUUGGGAUUCCAUGUUUAUAAGGCUAAACAUGUCAGUGCACAGAUACUAUCAAGGCAACCCAUGUUAACCAAAAACAGCAAACAUGUAAUGAUGGCCUUUAAAAUACACACAUGAAAUAUCAAGAUGUAAUACAUAAGUGCAGAUACUUGUUGGCUUACUCCUAUUAACAGAUUUUUGAAACCUUGAAUUAGUAAGUUUAUAUUCUUUCAUCAUAUAAAAUAAAAUGCAUUGCAUAAUAUCAUGAAUUUACUGGAAAGAACCUGCUCAAAUAUAGGGAAACAAAUAAAUAUAAAAAUAAUUUCAGAACCUGUUAGAUAAUAUAUGCUAUGAGUAGAAUCAGAUAUUCCUGUCAUCAGACUAGAGGAAUAAACAUUUCAAGUUAUAUCCCAUUACUUCUCUGAUGCUGCCUCCUAAAUCAUUUUCUGAAGAAGAAAACAGCCACGAUCACUUUAGAGAUGGUGCCAAACCAAUAGCUACUAUUCAUGCAAAUAUUCAUACUUAUAAGGUAAUACAAAUAAUAUAAAUUCAAUGCCUUGAAACAGUUGGGGUUAUAGCUCUACCAGUCCUGAAUUUGUUUCCUAACAUCUGGGAUGUAUUUUUACAGUUAUUUCAAUACUUCUGCCAUCCUGUUUUGCCUAGGAACAAAAUUUAUUGAGAAUCUUAAUGCUGCGGUAUUCCUUAAGCAUUUAGAAAAAUCAUUUUUAAAUGUUAAAGUACAGGAUCUAUCUUUUUUGCACUAACGACAGCAAAACUCCUAAGUGUUUGAAUCUUCAUGCUGUCUAUGAUUCACUCAAGGCCAUAUUUCUCUGUCAGCACUGUAGAGGGCUAAAAUAUUUCUGGACCCCGUUUAUUCUAUUAUCCUGACAAUCUCAAAACAACAUUCAUAGGUUAGUGUCCGGUUUUGGGAGGAGAUAGAUUUUGGUUUUGGGGUUUUUUACUAAAUACUGCAGGAAAUAGUUACAGACAUCAACUUUAUUAAAGUUUAUUUUAUGAAACAGCCCAAAGUCUCGACUUUAUUGAGGCACUCUGAUUUCUAACUGGAUUUCCUUUUCUCAUGCAGCCAUUGCUAAUUCCACACUUGCUAACUUUCUUGA